AUGGCUCCAAGUUCGAAGACAGUCGUUGCUUCCAGAGCCGCAGACGAACAAGCCCUGUCCUGGAUGCAGAAGCUCAGUCCAGCCGUCUCCUACUAUGAUCCUCACCAAGAACCGUCUAUUCCCGGCUCCGAACCUGAACUUGUCCUGAUACUGUCAUGGAUGGGCGCACGACAAGUCCAUAUUUCAAAAUAUGCUCUACAAUACCGCAAGAUAUAUCCAUCGUCACGAAUUCUCAUUGCGCAAUGCCCCCUUGCCCACGUCAUGUUCCCUUGGCGAACACGCGGCGAUCUGUCCCCUGCGUUGCCAUACCUUCGCGACUUGUCAGAACGUCAACAAAGAGCUGAUGAAACUGGCGAUACAUCGCCAAAGGUUCUUAUUCAGAUGUUUUCGAAUGGUGGCAUCCACACGGCCAGCUAUCUUCGUAACAUGCUUCGCGGCGGACAACCCCAUGGCACCCCCAUCUUGCCACGAUAUGUCCUAGUAUUCGACUCUUGUCCAGGAUACUUCAGAUGGAUGAGCUCCUACAACGCCUUGAUGCAAAUGCUCCCAUGGUGGUCUGGUCCCGUUGUUCAUUCCAUCAUCGCCAUGGUUUGCUUCUACCACUUCCUCCGUCGAGUUCCGGCUAUUCAAAAUCGAAAUGCUCGAGCGCUGAGGUCCCCAGGUUUGUUGGCUAGAGAAGCUAGGCGGACGUAUCUAUAUGGCACAGAAGACGAUCUCAUUUUGUGGCAGGACGUCGAGGAUAAUGCCCGGAAAGCCAAGGAUGCCGGCUUCACGGUCCGACUGGAGAAGUUUGUAGGGGCCAAACACGUGGCAAUUAUGAGGUCAGAGCCAGAACGUUACUGGAAAGCCAUUCAGACGUCGUGGCUGGAUGAGCCAACAAGAGAAGGAGUUCAACAAUAA